CACUCCCACAAUGCAGCGGGGUAAUGUAUUAACAUGGCGUCAGUGGUUGCCGUUUUGACCAGGGCCGUGGGAUUUUAAAAAUAUGAUGUAGAACAACACCAUGGACAGCUGAACAAUUAUCCGAAAUCAACUUUAGAGCCCGAAACUAGCUCAGGCGGACGACCGUCACCGCAGCUAACGUUAGUUAGCCGACGAAGACCGCUCACGGGAAAGUCGGUUGAGCAAAGACCCUCCGGGAAGUCAACGUGAAACGUUCCCAUAACACAGACUUUAGGUGGCCUGCCUGCCUCCCUGGUCAUUCUGAGCGUGGUGUUGACUCCACCAGGGACAAGAACGGGGAUGGAUGAGUCUAAAAGUCCAGUAAAAUCAGUCAAACAUUCUCAACCCAGAGGACCCAAAGCUUUGUCCAGUGAGAAGUCAAAUAAAGAGGCUCCUUCACAGAUAGAGGGGACCAAGUCUGCAACCCGCAGCAAAGAAAAUCUCACCGCUGCAAAGGAUGAACAUAAUAUAGUCAGUCAGGGAAGCCGUGGGCCAGGCAAGACUUUCACUGAAAUCCCCCAGGACAAGAGAAGAGGGCGGCCCCCCAGGCUGACUAGACUGACUGGAAGAACAAGUUCUGGGGAGAGGGGGAAAGGAAAGGUGGCAAGCUCACAACAGAAUCUGGUGGCACAGGAUCCCGCCACUAGGGUGUCUAUUUCUGCAGACAGCAGCCCCUCAGCAAACAGAGAGACCAGCUCUCCUGUAGUGCCUGGUACACCUGAGAAAGGCCUCACAGAGCUCCAUUGUAGCUCCAUUGUAGUUCAAGCAAAGGAAAAGUCCCAUGGGGUGAAAGCGGCUUCAUUGAUGCAUCGGCCUAUUGAAGAGGUGAGGCCAACUAUGGAGGAAGGGCCGCUGACAGAGCAACAGCUGGGCCUCCGACAGGCAGAGGAGCGGCUCUACCGAGACUACAUCCACCGACUGUUGAAACAGUCCCCCGAGUACCCAAACUAUCAAUACUUAUGCAAGCUCUGUUCUGUGCACAUUGAGAACAUCCAAGGAGCACACAAACACAUCAAGGAGAAGAGACACAAGAAGAACAUAAUGGAGAAACAGGAGGAGAAUGAGCUGCGUGCCCUGCCGCCCGCCUCUGCUGCCCAGCUAAAGGCCGUGGACACGGCGGUUCUAGAUACAGCGAAUCAGCACGGGAUCUCAGAGGAGGACUUUGAGGUUCGGAAAGCCGUGGUCAUCAGGAUGGAAGAGAUCAUAAAGAGGCACCUCUCAGCUUGUGCUCUCCGUCUCUAUGGUUCAUGUCUUACCCGAUUUGCCUUCAAGACGAGUGAUAUCAACAUCGACGUCACCCACCCCCCCUCAAUGACACAACCUGAGGUCUUGAUUCAAGUGCUGGAAAUCCUUAAGAAAUGCCCUGAAUUUUCUGAGGUUGAGUCAGAUUUUCAUGCCAAAGUUCCUGCCGUGUUCUGUCGGGAUGUUAGCAACGGCCUGCUGUGUAAAGUGAGUGCAGGUAAUGACGUGGCUUGUCUCACCACCAAUCACCUGGCAGCUCUGUCUAGACUGGAACCCAGAAUAAUCCCCCUGGUGCUGGCCUUCCGCUACUGGGCAAGGCUGUGUCAUGUUGACUGCCAGGCUGAGGGUGGCAUCCCCUCGUACUCCUUAGCCCUCAUGGUCAUCUUUUUCCUGCAGCAGAAGAAGGAACCCAUACUUCCCGUCUACCUGGGCCACUGGAUUGAAGGCUUUGAUGUGAAACGUGUGGACGAGUAUCAUCUCACUGGAAUCUCACUGGACAUGUUCGUGCGGUGGGAGCUCAGACCUCCGAGCUCCACGGACAACCGAAACGAGGCCAGAGGAGAAGGCAGACCCAAACCGGAGCAGAACAAAAUUCCUGACAACCAUUACACAGAAGGCUUGACUCGCCUAACUUUGGACCUGGGUAAAGGUGUGUCGCUGGGCCAGUUGUGGUUGGAGCUCUUACGAUUCUACACACUGGAGUUUGCUCUUGAAGAACACAUCAUCAGCAUCCGCCUAAAGGAGCUCCUCUCUAGAGAAGGGAAGAACUGGCCUCGGCGCAGGCUCGCCAUUGAAGAUCCUUUUGCCUUGAAGAGGAAUGUCGCACGAAGCUUGAACAGUCAAAUGGUGUUUGAGUACAUCCAGGAGCGCUUGCGUACGGCUUACAAAUACUUUGCUUGCCCUCAGAGAAGGAGCACUGGGGGGCGCCAGAGAGCCAAGAACGCAGACAAGCAAGGGGAAAAAUUGGAAGAGCUUGAGAGAGAAGAAGAUGAUGAUGAUGAUGAUGAUGGAAAAAGCCUAUGCUCUCAGAAGGAGCAGCAACGGUUUAAGGAGGAAGAGGAGCCUGAAAGUGAUGAUGAAGAUGGAUCAGAACCUUCCAGAAAAGCUAAUGAGAAGACUUUAGAUGAAAGCCUCAAGGAAAUGGUUCUCAAUGAGGGGAACAAACCAUCCUUCUCCCUCAACGGCCUGCAGGACAGUGACGAAGAGGAGGAGGAGGAGGAGGAGGAGGAGGAGGAGGAACAAGAGGUGGAGGGAAGCAGUAUUUCAAAUAAGGACGGGCCCGUUGCAUCAGAGGAUCUUCACUAUGUGUUUGAUAAGAUGAUUUUUACUGGUGGGAAGGCCCCAACUGUUGUGUGUAGCAUCUGCAAGCGAGAUGGUCACCUGAAGGACGAGUGUCCCGAAGACUUCAAGAAGAUUGAGCUGAAGCUACUGCCUCCGAUGAACGACCGCUUCCGAGAUAUCCUCGAUGGGCUCUGCAAAUUGUGCUUCUUUGAACUGUCGCCUUCACAUGCUGAGCAACAGAAGAGGGAGCAGAUCCUCUGCAGCCUGGAGCGGUUCAUAAGGAAGGAGUACAAUGAUAAAGCUCAGCUCUGCUUGUUUGGCUCCUCCAAGAAUGGCUUUGGCUUCCGCGACAGUGACCUCGACAUCUGCAUGACUCUGGAGGGCCAUGAGACUGCAGAGAGGCUGAACUGCAAAGAGAUCAUCGAAGGCCUCGCAAAAGUGCUAAAGAAGCAUACAGGUUUGAGGAACAUCUUGCCUAUCACAACAGCUAAAGUGCCUAUUGUGAAGUUUGAACACAGACAGAGUUGUUUGGAGGGCGACAUUAGCCUUUAUAAUACUCUGGCUCAACACAACACCAGAAUGCUGGCUAUGUAUGCAGCCCUGGAUCCACGUGUGCAAUUCCUGGGAUACACGAUGAAGGUCUUUGCAAAGCGCUGCGACAUUGGGGAUGCGUCCAGAGGAAGCCUCUCAUCUUAUGCUUACAUCUUGAUGGUGCUUUACUUCCUGCAGCAGAAGCAGCCACCAGUCAUACCGGUCUUACAAGAGAUCUUUGAUGGGAACACUGUCCCCCAGCGGAUGGUAGAUGGCUGGAAUGCUUUCUUUUGUGAUGACCUUGAGGAUCUGCGUCGGCAUCUCUCAGAGCUGCAGCCGAACACGGAGUCGGUGGGGGAGCUGUGGUUGGGACUCCUGCGCUUUUACACUGAAGAGUUUGACUUCAAAGAGCACGUCAUCAGCAUCCGCCAGAAGAAACGCCUCACCACCUUCGAGAAACAGUGGACCAGUAAAUGCAUCGCUAUUGAAGAUCCCUUUGAUUUGAAUCACAAUCUUGGUGCUGGAGUUUCUCGCAAAAUGACAAACUUCAUCAUGAAGGCCUUUAUAAAUGGGAGAAAGCUGUUUGGGACUCCGUUCUACCCCAUACUGGGCACUGAAGUGGACUACUUCUUUGACUCAAAGGUGUUGACGGACGGCGAGUUGGCGCCCAAUGACCGGUGCUGCCGGAUCUGCGGGAAGAUUGGACAUUACAUGAAGGACUGUCCAAAGAGACGCAGGAUGAAGAAGAAGGAAAACGACAAAGACGAGGACACAAAAGAGGAGGAGCGGGAGCCGAAGGACAGGCGUUGUUUCCAGUGUGGGGACAUGGGUCACGUCAGGAGGGACUGUCCUGAGUACCGCCACCUCAAACAGAGGACCGCCGGAGCACCAGCUCCUCACAUGGUCCGAACUGUUGUGAGCUCCCAGUCCAUCCCUAUACCCCACACAGCCGCAGACAGGCCUGGAAGGACCAGGCAGCCCUCUGAAUGUUCUGAUAGUCGUCAGACUCCGCCCUACUCCCCGCAGCCGACAGCUGUUCCUCAGAGUUCCUCAAAGUCCUCCAGUUCCCCUCAGCCCUCCCACAUUAGGACCAGUCCUGUUGGUCCCCUGAAGCCGCCUGUUCAUCCCCAGGUCCCCCGGUCUCUCUUCAGCUUCCCUACCCCACAUCCAGGCCAGUACCACCCAGCGGCGCUCAGUGCCCUGGGGCUUCUUCCCUCUCACCAGCACCAGUCCCAGGGGCAGCCUCAUCACCCAGUCCACAUCCCUUCCACCGCCUGGCCCAUACACGGACCAGUCCUCGCCACGUCCUCUCCCAACGGCCCCUCCCCGCCCGGCCUGAAAUUCGCCCUGCGCUCGGCGUCGGGAAACGGGAGUCCCACAGGCUCAGGGGGCAACUCCGGCCCCAUGAACCUGAACGACCCCAGCAUCAUCUUCGCCCAGCCUGCGGGGAGACAGAUGGGCAUCAGGCCAGGACGGGAAGGACACUGGCACAACCACUUGGCACAACCUGGGUCACUCAUGGGCAAUGGCACUGUUGUCAAGUCAGAGUCAAGUCACCCAGCCCAGCUUGUAGGCGUAGGCCAAGGCUCUCGGUUAUGGGAGCACAAUAAAACACCACAGUACGGCCUGUCUCCACCCUGGCCCUACCGGAUGCCCCAGAACUUCAUCCAGCAGGGCAACAGAGCCUACCAGCCUGGCAAACCCUUUGUGGCCCAAGGGUCUGUGGUGCGCCCGAAUCCAAACUUCCCCCUGGUCCCCCACGUCCGACAUCAAGUAAAUCUGAAUUUCAUUCAGCAGAAGAAGUGAACUUGCAUCUCCUUUUUUAAUUUAAUUCAUGGUCAGUAACAUAGAAAAGUAAAAUUGUGUACUCUUUGCAUCAUUUGAUCACAAGUAUUUUAAAAAUGAAGCUUUUCUCAUUUUUGUACAUUUUUUACGUUUUUUAUUUUUAUCUCAUUACAUUGAUUUGUGAUACAAAUGUAAAAUAUUUUAAUACCCCCAUUUUUGAGGGGGUCCAAAAAAGUGUUUUUUAUUUUAUGUGUAAAGUAAGGAGGAAAAAUAUAAACCUUUAUUUUUAUUAGCUGUAUUCAUACUUUGCUUGCCACAAGAAGAAGGCUUUGAAUAGACGUUUGUUUUAAAAACAAUCUUAACAUGUCACCCUAAGUAUGUAGUGCCAAAAGCAGGGAUAGCAAGAAAAAAGGGAAAAAAAUGCUAAGGGGGAAAAAAAGCCCAGAAAAAAUAAAGAAAAAAA